AUGAUGCCCUGGAGAAGGAGUAAGUUUGUGCUUGUGGAGGAUGAUGCAAAGAGCAAACCCAAGAGCCUGAGUGCUGGACUGACCUAUCACUCUCUGCUAUCUUCUCUGCUUCGCUCCUGUCCUGACCUGUUACCUGACUACUCCUUCCACUGGCUGGGUAGCAUCUUUCAGAGCAAACGGCAGAAAGUGGAGCUCAACAAAGAGGAACCCACCUACAGUGUGCGUUACCUUGGAAGUGUUGUCACCAUCACGGCAAAAGGGGAGGGCUGCACACAAGAAGCAGUGGCCAAAAUCUGGACACGUAGCAACUUUGGAGAGCAGAGUGCCAAAAUGAAGCUGACCGUGGGAUCACAUGGUAUCCGUCUGGGUGCGGACAAGAAUGCCAAGAAGAAGCCCACGCACCUUUACUCGCUCAACCGCAUCACUUACUGCACGGCAGAUCCGUACCGACCCAAGAUCUUUGCGUGGAUCUACCGGCACCAGGUGAAGAACAAGGCGGUGGUACUACGCUGCCACGCGGUCCUGGUGGCCAAGGCGGAGAAGGCCAGGGCGAUAGCACUGAGUCUGUACCAGAACUCCACCUCCGCCUUCAGUGAGUUCAAACGCCUCAAACGCCAGAGCGACUUCCGGCACUGCCAGCAGCAGCUUCUGGGGGAGGACAUGGUUCCCCUCAUCCCUAGACGGAGGCUCCUAAAUGGACAGUGCCACUAUCAGCCUCCGACUGACAAGCCCAGCAGUGCCACCCGCCUCUGCUCCAUCACUGAGGAGGAUGAAGAAGAGGAGGAGGAGCAAGAAGAGGAAGAGAGGAAAGACGAGAACUUGGGCUGUGCGGAAACAGGGAAGGUUGACCUGGCUCGGCCAGAUGAGAAGGACCUGGGACCAAUUGUUAACGGACUGGACAAUUGCUCCAUUGAGGGUGAUGAGGAGGGACAGAUGACAAUCAGCACGCUGGUGUGA